AUGGGGUUGUGCAUUUGUUGUAGCGGAAGCAACAAUACUAGGAUUUGCAAGGAAGAGGAGAAACAGGCGCUAUUGUGCUUCAAGGAGGAGUCAAAAAUUCUAAGGAAUUGGGUUGAUAGAGCUGAUUGUUGCACUGAAUGGGAAGGAGUUGUGUGUGAUAAUGUAACCGGCCAUGUCAUUGAACUCCAUCUAUCAACUUUUGAGGAUAAUCUUCCAAGAGGUAAACUUAGUUCUUGCUUGCUUGAAGUGAAACAAUUACGUUACCUCGAUCUUAGUGGUCUCAAUUUCAGUGAGUCUCACAUCCCCAAUUUCAUUGGAUCUUUUGUAAAUUUGCAAUAUAUUGAUCUAUCUUCUACAAGCUUUGAAGGAAUAAUCCCCCAUCAACUUGGAAACCUUUCACAAUUGCAUACUUUACAUUUGAGAGAUGAGGCUCUCAAAGCUGACAGCCUUGAUUGGUUAUCCAGUCUCUCAAAUUUAAAAGUAUUGGACUUGACUUUUGCUAAUCUUAGCAUGGUACAUAAUUGGGCAGAGGUGAUCAAUAUGCUUCCUUCCUUGCGUGAGCUUUAUUUAACUGAUAUUUCAAAAUUAUCACAUCCACUUGGCCAUAACAAAUCUUCACUUCAAGUCCUUGAUCUUGCAAAUAAUGAAUUCAACACUGUCAUUUUUAGAUGGAUAUUCAACUUUGAUAGCCUUAUUUCACUUCAACUAUAUGAUUGUGGUUUUCAAAGUCCGUUUCCUGAUGAUCCUUGGAAUUUGACAUCCCUUAGAACUCUUGACAUCUCUGCAAAUCAAUUCCAUGGUCAUCUUCCCAAUAGUCUUUGGAAUUUGACAUCCCUUAGAACUCUUGACAUCUCUGCAAAUCAAUUCCAUGGUCAUCUUCCCAAUAGUCUUUGGAAUUUGACAUCCCUUAGAACUCUUGACAUCUCUGCAAAUCAAUUCCAUGGUCAUCUUCCCAAUAGUCUUUGGAAUUUGACAUCCCUUAGAACUCUUGACAUCUCUGCAAAUCAAUUCCAUGGUCAUCUUCCCAAUAGUCUUUGGAAUUUGACAUCCCUUAGAACUCUUGACAUCUCUGCAAAUCAAUUCCAUGGUCAUCUUCCCAAUAGUCUUUGGAAUUUGACAUCCCUUAGAACUCUUGACAUCUCUGCAAAUCAAUUCCAUGGUCAUCUUCCCAAUAGUCUUUGGAAUUUGACAUCCCUUAGAACUCUUGACAUCUCUGCAAAUCAAUUCCAUGGUCAUCUUCCCAAUAGUCUUUGGAAUUUGACAUCCCUUAGAACUCUUGACAUCUCUGCAAAUCAAUUCCAUGGUCAUCUUCCCAAUAGUCUUUGGAAUUUGACAUCCCUUAGCAAUCUUUACAUCUCUGCAAAUCAAUUUCAUGGCCAUCUUCCCAAUAGUCUUUGGAAUUUGACAUCCCUUAGCAUUCUUUACAUCUCUGGAAAUCAAUUCCAUGGCCAUCUUCCCAAUAGUCUUUGGAACUUGACUUCUUUGUCAGACCUUGAUCUCUCUGAAAAUAUGUUCACAGGGGAGAUACCAAAGCCAAUUGGAAAACUCAACAAGUUGCAAAGAGUUAAUCUUUAUAACAACAAGUUAGAUGGCCCACUUCCAGAGAAUUUAGGAUAUUCAUUUCCAAUGUUAGAAAAUCUUAACAUUAUGGGUAACAUGUUAGAAGGCAUAGUGACGGAAAAUCACUUUGUUAAUCUCACCAUGUUGGGGUAUUUACAAGCAUCUGGAAAUAGAUUAACGUUGAAUGUUAGCCUAAAUUGGAUACCUCCGUUCCAACUUCUUGUGCUUUAUCUAAGUGGUUGGAAGUUGGGUCCUCAAUUUCCUACUUGGUUACAAUAUCAACAUAGUAUUGUCGUGUUGGACAUAUCUAAUGCUGGAAUUCAGAGUGAAGUUCCAAGUUGGUUUUGGAGAUCUUUUGAAUUUCGUUUCCUUAAUCUUUCACACAACCAGUUGCGAGGUAAAAUUCACACUAUCUCAGUAUUCAAGCCAUUUGGAGAAAUGCCUUCAUCUGCACUUGUGUACUUGAGCUCUAACCAAUUUAAUGGUCCCUUACCUCGUAUCUCUAGCCAUACUACGGAGUUAGACUUGUCAAAUAAUUUCUUUUCAGAAGAUGUCUCUAACUUCUUAUGUCAAGCUCAAAGUGUGCCAUAUAAGAUUAAAAUACUUCAUUUGGGAGGAAACAGGUUAUUUGGAGAAAUUCCCAAUUGUUGGAUGCACUGGCCACAGUUAAAAGUCAUAAAUAUGGGCAAUAACCAACUGAUUGGAAGCAUCCCAAAUUCCAUUGGGCUUUUGGAUAAGUUGAAAUCUUUGGAUAUGCACAAGAACAUGCUUUUUGGCCCUAUACCUCCAUCAUUGCAAAAUUGCACCCUUUUGUUGAAAAUUGAUUUGGGUGAAAAUGGAUUCACAGGAAAGAUUCCAAGAUGGCUGGGGACUAAACUUUUAGAUUUGACAAUUUUUAGACUCCGAUCAAAUAAGUUUUACGGUGAAUUGCCUCUAGAAUUUUGCCAUCUUAAAUCACUUCGCAUUUUGGAUCUUUCCAAUAACAACCUCUCUGGUGUGAUUCCUUGGUGUCUUAAAAAUCUCACUGCAAUGAUCAAUGAAGAGGCAAUUCAAGAUGGAGAAUUUGAAAUGGGUUAUUCAUUUUAUGCAUGGGGAUUUGGUGAAAGUGCUAUAGUGACGACCAAAGGGCAAGAGUAUGAGUAUUACACAAUCAUUCUAUUGUUGUUUGCUAGCAUGGAUCUUUCAAGUAACAAUUUUUCUGGGGACAUUCCAAUUGAAUUGGCUAAUCUUGUGAGAUUGAGAUCCUUAAACUUAUCAAGAAAUAACUUGAUAGGAAAUAUCCCCAUGGAAAUGGGAAACAUGAGAUUCUUAGAAUCUCUUGAUCUUUCAAGAAAUCAACUUUCAGGGGAAAUUCCAACUAGCUUCUCGAGUUUGUCCACUCUAGAAGUUUUGGACUUGUCAUAUAACAACCUAUCAGGGAAGAUACCUUCAGGUACCCAACUUCAAGGUUUUAAUGAUUCAUGCUACAUUGGUAAUAAUCUUUGUGGCCCUCCGCUCUUACAAAGCUGCAGUGUUGAUGAUGGCAAAAUUCCAAAAAAUGAAAAUGAAGGAGAUGAUAGUUCUGAAGUAGUGGAUUGGUUUUAUGUUAGCAUGGCUAUAGGAUUUGCAGUGGGCUUUUGGGCGGUCUGUGGUUCUUUGUUUCUUGUGAGACCUUGGAGGAUUGUUUAUUUUCAAUUUUUAGAUGACAAGUUGAAGUCUUUUUUAGUGUGGGCACAUGCUCUGAUGGUAUAAUGUUUCUGGUGUUCUCUACUAUUAGGAAUCUAUAUAUGCAUAUUGAGAUUUAUGAUUUAGUGUAUCUUCUAGCUUGUCCCUUGUAAUUUAUCAUGUAACACUCAUUGUCAUAAUUAUGUAACAUAGUGUGAUUGUCAUAAUUAUGUAACAUAGUGUAACUGUAAACCUAUCGUUUAUCUAUGUUGUGCAAAUCUUUUGUAAUACUACAAUGAGUUUACAUAUUUUUCAGCCAA